AUGGCUGCAGCUACCCAGAAUCAGGCCUUUGUGACACUGACCACAAACGACGCCUAUGCCAAAGGUGCCCUGGUCCUGGGCUGCUCCCUCAAGCAGCAGGGGACCACCAGGAAGCUGGUCGUGCUGAGCACCCCCCAGGUCUCAGAUGCCAUGAGGAAAGCCCUAGAGACGGUCUUCGACGAAGUCCUCACGGUAGAUGUCUUAGACAGUGGUGACUCUGCACACCUGACCUUAAUGAAGCGGCCUGAGCUGGGGGUCACGCUGACGAAGCUGCACUGCUGGUCCCUCACACAGUACUCCAAAUGUGUGUUCAUGGAUGCAGAUACGCUGGUCUUAGCAAAUAUCGACGAUCUCUUCGAGAGAGAAGAAUUGUCAGCAGCACCAGACCCGGGAUGGCCUGACUGCUUCAACUCCGGGGUCUUCGUCUAUCAGCCCUCGGCUGAGACCUACAGCCAGCUGCUGCAGCUGGCCGCUGAGCAGGGCAGUUUUGAUGAUUCACUGUUUGUGGGUGGGCAUGGCCUUGUGGAUGAACAAAUGACAGUUCUGGAAGUGUCUCACAGCGAGGCUCCGGCUGGGCGUCACCCACGGGCGGGCAGCCCUCUGUUUGGCGCCAGUGCCAAGGUUGUGCAUUUCCUGGGACGUGUGAAGCCAUGGAAUUACACUUAUGACCCCCAAACCAAAAGUGUCAAAAGCGUGUCCCACGACACCCCUGUGACUCACCCGGAGUUGCUCGGCCUGUGGUGGGGGCUCUUCACCACCUCCAUCGCCCCUCUGCUACAAACCUUCGGUCUGACCCAUGGCCCGGGCUCAUACCUGAGUGUGGAGCAGGUCUCCGGAGCCGUCUCACACCUGUCCCUCGGGGAGAGCCCCACCGCACCCCAGCCCUUCGUGUCCUCCGAAGAGCGGAAGGAGCGGUGGGAACAGGGCCAAGCCGAUUACUUGGGAGUGGACUCCUUCGAUAACAUCCAGAGGAAACUUGACACUUACCUCCAGUAGAGGCACCACCGUUCUCUGUGGACAGCCCAUCUCAGGCACUUGGUUCUGACAAGGCUCGUAGUAUCUAGAGCUGGGUGGCGAGAAGUCUGUUACAGUUGUGGAGGCUUGCACUUACUAGAUGAAGGGUUUUGCACGAAGCAGGUGAGAACUGGGCAGAAGUGGUGAGGAGCUAGGGCAGUGCAGCGUCUCCAUCUCACGCUUUGAGGGCGUGCAGCUCUUACACUUGCUGUACACAUCGGCUUUCUCUUGUUUAGCUCGUGGUUCGGGAACUCUUGCCAUGCUGACUGUGGUACUGGGUGAAGGAGACGCAGUGUCACACUGUUACGAUGGCUAGCUUGAACUCUACAGUGUUUCAGAUCCGGGCUCCACGCUCUCCUCUCACAUGGCCCACCUCUCACUUGCUUACACCUUCGCCUCUGGGGACCUGCCUUUUGGAACUGCCUUUAGUGGCACUGCCAAGUGUCCUACACAAGACUACCCAUAAACGGUGCGUCAGUAUUCCCUGCACCUCAAGGCAGCAUGUGGAAAAGCUUUUGCUCAGUUCUGUGUAUUUGGAGUAGUAGUGUGUUCUGAUGGCUCCCUGCAGUAGCAUCCUAUAUGAAAAAUAAAGACUUAUCAUGGUA